UGAACUUUGACCCUGCUCAAACUGGUGUAUUGUUUUGAUUUAGCAUUUUGGGCUAUUUUGCGUGAAAUUCUGCGAGAGGGCCGUCGUAAAUCUAACAAGCCGGACAUUUUAGGAGAAUUGAUCCGGACGCGAGAGAGAAGGAUGAAAAUGGUGCUUUCAAGAAGAAACCGGCUCCCCCGCGGGCAAGAAAUGAUGCUGGGUUUAGUCAGUUGCUUACGUUUACUACCAGCAUAGCAUAUUUACCUGUGAUGUCAACAUGGCGGUGAUGAGAACGGAUUUGUAAGCGUUCACCGAUUGGACACAUUGGAUGUGUUCACAUUUCAAGUCCUGGCUUGGCUUUUUCAAACAAGCAAAUAAAACGGCUGUGCAUGUCAUUUCCUGCGUCAAGUCAAGUGAUGACAUCAAUGCUUCGACCGUUUAAACAUGACGCCACCUAUUUUUACGUUACAGCAUCAUAAGCAGUGGCUGCUGGCUAUUUUCCACUCCUUGCUUUCAAUGGGCGAGGAAAAACAAGACACGCUGGACUUCGUGAAGGAUUUCCAGGAGUAUCUAAGCCAGCAGACCCAGCAUGUCAACAUGAUAUCAGGCUCCGUCAGUGGUGUCAAGGAGGCGGAUGAUCUACCAGCUGACUGCAGCCAGAAUGGAAUUGAUCACCCUGCCGCGGAUGUGUCCUUGGUGGACAGUUCUGGCAUGUUGGUGGAUGGUUUCGAGAGAACCUUUGACGGCAAACUCAAGUGUCUGUACUGCAACUACGCCACCCGAGGCACAGCAAGGCUCGUUGAGCACAUUCGAAUGCACACAGGAGAGAAACCCCACCGCUGCCACCUGUGCCCAUUCGCCUCGGCCUACGAGCGCCACCUGGAGGCCCACAUGCGCUCGCACACUGGCGAAAAGCCAUACAAGUGCGAGCUGUGCUCCUUCCGCUGCAGCGACCGCAGCAACCUGUCGCACCACCGCCGCCGACGCCACAAACUGGUCCCCAAAAAAGAUGCUCGCUCACUGUCCCACAAGAAGAUGCUGAGCGUGCUGCAAAAAAAAGCUGGUUCGCUCAGUUAUGGUCGGCGCCUCCUCAUCGCCUCGUGCUCCUCUUCAACGGUGACACCAGGGGAUGAUGAGGAUGACUGCUCCCGUGAUCUGCCGCAGGAACUUUACAACGAUGGUCCGGGUGAGGUGGAGACUCAAUCCCACCGUCAUUCAAACCUGAUAAUGGAUGACCCCCUCAAACAACUCUCAGCUCUGGCGGGCCAGUGUGCCAACAUUCCUUCAACGCUCCGACCCACUGUGUCCUCUGGUGACGAAUCUGUGACGGACGAGAAGCCCUUCCUCAUCCAGGAUCCGCAUGCCUCCUCACCCAUAACUCCUGAACCGCAUGGCCCAACCCAACUCGGGAACUCCAGCCCAGUGGGAGAACCUUGCAGCGACCACAGUGGGCGCACCAGCACCCCUAGCGUGUCCAACAGCCAGCCCGGCACGCCGGCUCAAGGCCAUUCAGCCCUUCUGCAGGACCCUAACCGCUCGCUGCAUCAGUGCCAGCACUGCGAUAUCUACUUCCCAGACAACAUCCUCUACACAAUCCACAUGGGCUGCCAUGGCUACGAGAAUCCCUUCCAGUGUAACAUCUGCGGCCACAAAUGCAAGAACAAGUAUGACUUUGCUUGCCAUUUUGCUCGCGGCCAGCACAAAUGAGUUUUUAGAACAUUAUAGGAUCUUUCAAUUUUUUCCAAACCCCUUGGCCUUCAUGUAGCAUUUUGGAAGAUGAGAGCAUUCACAUGGAUCCCUUGUCUAGGAUCCAUGUGAUGUGUGGAUCCAUAGGAUUUUUCAAAUGUGGAAGACGAUGGAAGGCCACAUGUCUGAAUUUUAUUCGAACAUGUUGGUAAUAGUACAUGAAAAUAAUGGCAUAACUUGACAUGGAAAACAGUAGAGAAUGGAAAAAUUCAUUUGCAAAAUUAACAAAUGAAGUUAAAUUAUAAAUAUGAAAAAAAAAGUCACAAUUUUAUUCAAAUAAUAUGUAUAUGUAUGAGGCUUCCUCACUAUUUUGUUAAAAGUGAAAAGAAAUGUUAACAUAAUGCCACUUUUUCUUUACAGUGCCUGACUUUUUUUUUUUUUUUUUUUACUUUUG